UACAUAUACGUAGGAUAUAGUACACAUACAUGCAUAUUCAAAAUGGCCGAUUGCUCUAAUGAUAUGUGCACAGACGUGUUCGCGACAGUUCGAGAUUUUUAAAAAAUACGUUGAAACUCUGCAAAAAUAAGACUAACAAUAAGUGCUGUAGAGUAUAGUGUUUAACAAAAUCGUUGACUUCUUUGCGGCAAAGGUGUGGAUGACCGCGAUAUUUGCGAAUUUACACAAUGGCGAGUGACGCGAGCGCGGACCUCACUUAUUAUGCUUACGUCAGAUUUGUUGAAAAAACACGACUGAAGGAUCAAACUUUUAUUGUUGAUCAGUCACAAAUAGUGCAAAAAUUUGAUGCAAAUUUGAAUUUUAAACGUACAGGAAAAUACCACAUCAAACACAGUGAUGGAAUAAUCUAUAAAGCUCAGAUUAUUUUCUUAGAAAGUACAAAGGAUGCUCUAGAAGCAAAGAUCGCAAAAAAAAGAGCUUCAAUAAUCCCUGAUGAACAAUUGCGUACAGAAUCGGAAAAUGAGACGAAAAUGGUGAAGACAACAAGUUGUUUGCCAAGUAAUGCUGAAAAGCAGAAGAAAUUGGAGAAGUACUUGAGUUUGGUUGACACUAAACUGGACGAUAACUCUUAUCCUGAUAAUGUCUUAAAGACUACAGAAAAAGUAUCAAAAGAAAAUUAUCAAGCGAGUUUAACAGAAGAUGAAAAAGAUAAAUUUUCUGAAACAAAAGUGGUCGAAGCAGCUAAUUUUGAAGAGGAUGAAACAGAAGUCGAGGAAAACAAAUCAGCUGACACAGAAGUAAAAGACGUAGUAGCUCGUAGUGUACAGGAUGAAAAAAAUGUUGACAAAAAACAAACAUCUUGCAGUAAAUUAGACCAUGAUGCGAAUGAGAAAGUACCUGAAAGUCAGAAGGAAAAUGAAGCACGAUUAAAGAAAAAGCCAAAAACGUCCAAAGUAAAGAUUAUUAGUAAAUACCGUCACGCUAGGAAUUAGAAAGUCAGAGUAAAGAACUGGAAAAGAAAAGCAAGCAGAUUUUGGGGUUGGAGCAGAAAAUAAAAAAAUUGCGAAUAGAAAACCAAGAUUUAUUAAAAAAUAAUGCUCAGUUACUUGAAAAAAAUAGAUCACUAAAGAAGGAAGUAACGAAGUACGUAAGUUUAAAUACAGAUUUGCAGAAACAAGUAGUAGAGAAGAUGAAAGAAUUUCAUGGAUGCCGUUUCAAAUUGCAAAAUUCCUGGAGGACAUUGCAGUAUCAACGACAAUAAUGUGACCAAUUAUUCAAUUGCAAGUUGGAAAUUCUGGAAUCGACAUCGAUCCCAAAAAGAAUUUUGUCUCUAUUGGACGAUAUCGCGAUUCUGACAAAACGUAUCACAUAAGUCGAGAUACAUGGAUAAUGGCGUUUAUGAUGAAAUAAUGGCGCCACAUAAUGGCCCGGGAAAAUGUGUUAGCUUAAUCUUGAAAGCAAUGAUUGGGACCAAAACACUAUCCAAAUGUACACGCACUGGUCGAGUGAGCAACAGAAAAAUAAACAAGCUAAACGAUUCAGAUGUUGAUGAAACUGAAAAUGAUGAGAAAUCAAAUAAUAAACCAGAAAAGUUAGAUGAGACUAAAUUAAACACGUGUUUUGACCUCUACGUCCAUUGGUUAAAAAAUCAUCACAAUAAGGUGAACCCUGUCGUCAACAUUAUGGACGAGAUGACUAACUUUAACACCUAUUUAUCAUCAAGUGAAGAAGACGUUGUAACUUCGAAAAAAAUUAAAAUUGCUACUAAUGUGCAUGGUGAGCCAGGGAAGAAAGCAGAGAGAAAGAAGCUUAUAAAGAAGAAAGAGAAACCCGAGUUGGGAAAAAAGAAAGAAAUACAAAAGAAGAAAAAGGAAGCUACUGAAGAAAGUGAAGAAGUAGAAGAAAAAAGUGAGGUAUUCGAAAAAUCAGAACAAGUCGCAGAAAAAAAAAGGGUGAAGAAACGAAAGGUAACGACCAUAAAGCUAGUAGCUUAAACGUAAAUGAAAUCUUCUUUAUCGAUUCGACAGCUGCAUUGUCCGACAUGUCUUCGUUAUCUGCAGACUAUGUAUCAGACGAUUCUUUGGCAGAUACUAAGAAUCCGUUAGAAGAACUUUAAUUAUUUCUAUUCAGCUUUUAGAUUGUUGAUAUUAAAAUGAUACAUGGAUCGUUAAUCGUAAAAAAAAUUAAAUUUAAUUUAUUAUUAUAUUUACAUUCAAUAUUUUACAAAAUAUUUGGAACUUAAUGGCAAUUCAGGCGCGUUGUAUCCAUCCUUUUAAUUUCGUUACGUCGCUAAUCAUUAUUUUAUAGAAGUAUAUACUUUAUGACAUAUAUUUAUAUGUAUUACUUAUUAAGAUAAAUAUUAUUUAACAAAACUAGGACAAGCCAGCGCGCUGUGCGCGCUUAACUGCUAGAUCUGUCAUUAAUGGUGUCUAUAAAGUACUUGUA